GCGCGAUGUAGUCAUCACUUUGUUCGAUAUCUACAGUUGUCGCAUUCUGCAAUACACCGUUUUUACUCUAACUCAGUUUCGAAGUGGGGUGUUAGUGAAUUUUCACAAAGAAAAAUGCAUCAUCACCACGGUCACCGAGGCCGCUAUGUGCUUGGAGGACACCGUGAUCAUCAUCAUGGAAAAAUGGGAAAAUUUGGAAGACGUGAUGGCUGUGGGCAUAACAGAAGAGGUCAUCCCAUGCUAGAUGGUGGCUGUCCUAAAGGCAAAAUGACGAUGAAGUUUGGUAGACAUCAUGGAGCAUGUAUGCAAGGUGAUGAAUUUCAUCGCCAAAUGGAUAAGGGAAAGUUUAUGAUGAAAUUUGGUAAAGGACAUCACCAAGACAUGAUGAAGUGGAAAUGCAAGAUGGGCAAGCAACAUCAUAAAGGCAAAGGAACGAUUGAGGAAUUUUUUAGAAUGAUGAUGGAAUAUUUGGAAGAAACUGAUGCUGAAUCUGGUAAUGACUGUGCUAAUGAGAUAAAUAACCAAGAGGAUACCCAAGGUCAGGGAUCCAAUGUGCAAACGGACCAGGAAGCUGCUGAAAUACAAGAAGAAAGUCCGGAUGCUGAUGAAAUGAUGAGAUUUGGAAGGUGCCAUGGGUCUCGCUGUCAUGGCCCACAUGAAGGCAAGUUGAAGAUGAAAUUUGGAAAAAAGCACGGAGGUCACCACAAAGACAAGAUGGGGUGGAAGUGCAAGCGAGAUAGAUUCGAACAUCAUGCAGGAGAAGGUUGCAGUCCCAUAAGAGCUUUUAUAGACAUGAUGUGCUCUGAUGGUAGGCGUAGAGAAUUGUGGAAAAAGUUUGCCAGAAUGAUGAUGGAGAAUGAGAGUGAAACUGAACCUGAAGGGAAAAAUGAUGAGGCUAAUCAGAGAACUGAUCAGACAACUGUCCAAGAAACUGGUCAAACUUCUAAUAUGGAUACUGACACAAUUGGCAAUGCAGAAGGCAAUCAGGAUCAUCCUCAAACUUCUGAAACAGCUGAAUCGGUGAAAAAAUCAGCCAUCUGGAUACGUCAGGUAUCUGGAAGAGCCUACUAUGAUAUAAGUGGUGAAGUUUAGUUUGAAGAAAUGGUGAAUCUGUUAAGGUAAACAUUCCUGAUGUUUGUGAUAGUGCGAGUUUGUGGUGGUGAAAGUUUGUGAUGGUGGAAGUUUGUGAUGGUGGAAGUUUGUGAUGGUGGAAGUUUGUGAUUGAAAGUUUGUCGUGUUGAAUGUCU